CGCUGGACUGGCGGGAGCGGAGGGUACAAAGCAGAUGUAGUUCUGAGCGCCAAGUCCGCGGAGGUCCGGAAGAAUGAAUGGGGGGCCGGGCCAAUCCCAGAGCAGGAUUCACAGCCCCUAGCGCAGGGAGCCAAUCACGUCUUGGGGACGACCAGCGUGAGGGGACGCAACCAAUCAUCUGCACGGACAGGGCCCGGGGGGCCGACCCGCGCGGAGUUUGAAAUCAUCCGGGGUGGGCGAGCGGCGGCCGUGCGGCGGCCGUGUUGGCGUCUGGUCGGCGUUGGGGGCUGCUGGGAUUUGGUGGGCAGAACAGACUCGUCCAGCCAGAUGGCCUCUCGGUGGCCAGGCUUGGGGAGCUCCAUGCGCCUGAGAUCCCUCCCAGACCACAAGCAGCUGGAGGAGUGCGAGGAGCAGCCUGCAGUCAGCCAUACAGAGGUCUCCGGUGGGGCCCUGGGCUCCCUGUGUCGGCAGUUCCAGAGGAGACUUCCCCUGAGAACAGUUAGCCUCAACUUAGGGCCAGGACCGUCCUGGAAACGCCUGGAUGCCCCAGAGCCAGGCCAGCAGGGACUCCAGGCUGCAGCUCGCUCAGCUAAGAACGCCUUGGGCAUCGUUUCCCAGAGGAUCCAGGAGUCUUACCAGAGCAGCACCAAAUGGUUGGUGGAGACCCAGGUGAGAGCCAAGAGGAGGAAGCGCAGCGUGCAGAAGUGCACUAGCCCCCCCACCCGCAGCCAGAGGAGCUCCCGGAAGUCUGGCACCACCCCUACCCGCUCAGCUCUGAGCCCCUGGGAGAGGGAGCGCACCGGUCUCUCUGCCCAGAGCGGCCCGCACGCUCACCCACUGCGGCGCUCCAGGAGGGAGGCUGCCUUCCGGAGCCCCUACUCCUCCACAGAGCCCCUCUGCUCCCCCAGUGAGUCUGACAGUGACCUGGAGCCCGUGGGCGCUGGAAUUCAGCACCUCCGGAAACUGUCCCAAGAGCUGGACGAGGCCAUUGAUGCUGAAGACAGUGGUGACAUGACCAUUUCUCUCAUUCGGAACUGAGGACAGUGCUCGUCAGGUAAUUCACCACCCCAGCAUCCUUCUCAGCGCCCUCCUCCUCAGCCUCAGCACACAUGCAUAUUCAGAGGCGUGUUCAGGAACUGGGUGUUUUCUAGAAACACCCCCAGAGCUGAUGGACCAGCCACGCAGAAAGCUCCUAUGUACCGUCUUGGAGCCAGAGCUGCCGACCCCACUCAGUCCAUCACUGAAAUUGGGGCCAAUUAUACUCCUUGGGUUGGGGAGAGUCUCACUCCCAGCAGUGCGGGAGGCAGCAGCACCGCUGGGCCCUGCUUGCGAGGACCAGCUAACAAGGCCCCCAGGGCACAGCUCGGGCCUUGCGGCCUCUGCUCCUGCUCUGGCCACGUCGGGGUCCAGCGUUGCUGCCUAGGAGUGACUGGGGAGACCUCGAAGUGAGGGGAGCUGGUCAGUCUUCUCCUCCCGGUGAUUCAGAAACAUCCCACGCUUGAGUCUUGUGGAGGCCUCAAGUGCAAGGUGACGCGCCGGUAGCAAAGGACUUUUGAGAACUCUGCGGUCCAGCGAGGGGUCUCGGCCACCAUCUGCUGUGUCCCCAUGCCUGGCAUUCUAGGAGCACAGCUCCUGUCCCUUCUCCCAGCACCAGAGUCCUGGAAGGGGGGUGUGAGGCAUUGCCAGUCCUGAGGCGCUAGGCCCACAGUGCCUGCUGUGUUCUCAGCACGGGAAGCUGUUCAGCCACUUCUGUCCUUUGUGAAGUAUUUAAGAUAUCUGCCAUGCCAUUUUAUUAGGAGCUAGUGUGCGGCUUCCUAGAUAACCUUACUCUUUCAUAAUAAAGUC